ACUUAUGAAACUAUAAAUAAAAAAAAACAGCAAUAAUAGCUUCAGUAUUUUUUCCACCAUUCGAGCUAUAUCGCGACAUCUAUUGAAUUAUAACAAAAAGUUACUUGCAAUUUAGGUUAUAUAGCCAUGCAGGUUAAGAAAAGAAUGACGGUAAUCUGACAUAUUGCAAAUAUAUAUGUAUAACACAAAUUUUUAAAAUGUAUUUGUCCAACGCACAUUAAAUAAUUACGUUUAUUGUUUAAAAUUUUAUCAAAAUUCCGUUUAAUUAAUAUUGGAGUACGUCUCAAAAAGACGCAAUUUUCAUUAUGAAUAAUAUAAUAAACAGUAAUAAUGUUGGAGAAAAAAAAUUAUGCCCAUACAAAGAUAAGUGUUAUAGGAAAAAUCCCAUUCAUUUCAAUGAAAUGUCACAUCCUCACUUGGAAAAGUUAAUACUCAAUCAACUUGAUGAAGCAAUUACCAUACCUCGUGAUUUGGAGUUUGAAUGUACAGACCGCAUACAAUUACUAGAUCAGCUCAAAGUUUUACAGAUGGUUUUAAGAAAAGAAAGGGAUAAAAAUGAUGGCUCAGCAUCAUUGAGUAAGGCUACCAUUAGUGUAACGCUGAAAAAAGAACCUCAAAGAGAUAAAAACCUUGAUGAUUGGAAAGCAAAAAUUUUCAAACAUAAACAAGACACAGAACAGAAAAGACAAAAUAAAUUGAAAGAUAUGGAUUUAAAGGCUAUGAUUCCUGAUGAUAAUUCUUGUACAAAUAAAAAAAGAAUAUUGUCAACUGAUAGUGAACAAUCUACAACAAAAAAAUACAAGAAUGAAAGCAUACUAAAAGAAAAAUCAGAUGAUUCUAUGAGUUUCAGUUUUUCAAGUACUAAUUCUCAAAGUAGUAGCUCUCAGUCAUCUAGUCAAUCAUCAUUGUCAGGAAGAUCAUUUAUAGAGAGUUUUAUAUCAUCUACUGAUACAUUGGCAAAAGAAAAAGUAAGAACUCAAGCAAUAGAUAGGAUGAGAAAAUCUGGUUAUGUUGUAAAUUUAGUCACUCCAGGAGAAUUUGCAUUAAAAUAUGCAUUGUCAGCUCCAUACCAUUAUUUUUUUAACAGAGUUGAAAAAUCAAAAGUAACGCAUGAACAGCAAUUCACAGUUUCAUUUCCUGAAUUACUUGAUGUAAGUCUAGGGGAAAUAGUUAAUAGUCUUCAUAUAAAUUUUAUGGUUGAACUUGGUUGGUUGUGCCUCCAAUAUUUGUUGGCUGCACAAACUGCAAAAAUGACUAUUUUUUAUGGAGAACUGUGUGAUCCACAGACUUCGUUACCACCUAAUAUUAAUCUGAUUCAAGUUAAAUUACCAACUGCUUAUGGAUGUCAUCAUUCAAAAGUUUCAAUUAUUAAGUAUAAUGACGGUGGAAUCAGGAUUAUAGUUUCAACUGCUAAUUUAUAUUCUGAUGAUUGGGACAAUAGAACUCAGGGAUUGUGGAUGUCACCUCAUUUACCACAAUUACCAGAUUCAGCAAAUCCAAGUGAUGGAGAGUCUCCUACAAAUUUUAAGAAAAGUUUCAGAGAAUACCUUGCUGCUUAUCAUAAUCCAAAAUUAGUUGAAUGGGAACAUUUGGUAAAAAAAGCUGAUUUUUCAAGUGUAAAUGUAUUUUUCAUUGCAUCAGUCCCUGGUAGUCACAAAGGUCGAAGUUUGAAUUCUUGGGGUCAUAGAAGACUUGCAGCAAUUUUGAAUGAUCAUGCAGUAUUACCUGCUGAUGCUCCCCAAUGGACAUUGGUUGCACAAAGCUCUAGUAUAGGUGUUUUAGGUCCUAAUUUUGAUAGUUGGAUAGGAUCUAAUAUAGUAUUUUCAAUGUCCAGAGAAAAAGUCAAGGGUAUUAAGAGCAAUCCUAAUUUCCAAUUUAUUUAUCCCUCUCUGAAAAAUUAUGAAAGCAGUUUUGAUUGUAGAGCUGGUUCUUCCUGUUUCCCAUAUUCAAGAAAAAGUCAUGAAAAACAGGAGUGGCUAGAGAAUUAUUUAUAUCAGUGGAAAGCUGAUGAAACUGGUCGCACUAAAGCAAUGCCUCACGUGAAAUCUUAUACAAGGCUUUCACCAGACCGAUUACAAAUUCCAUGGUUUGUCUUGACAAGUGCUAAUCUAAGCAAAGCGGCAUGGGGAACAACUGCUAAAGCAGGAGCUUCACAUUAUAUUAUGAAUUAUGAAGCGGGAGUAGUUUUUAUACCGACAUUUAUCAUAAAUCAAACUACGUUUCCACUGAAAGAAUCUUGCUCUUCAAACGUUCCAAUAUUCAGACUCCCUUAUGAUCUUCCUCUUACUAAGUAUAAAAGAGACGAUGUGCCAUUUGUCGGUGAUUUUCUCCAUGAUAGCCAAAAACUGUAAGACGAAAAAAUAUGAGAAUUGACUAUUGAUGAUGAUAUAAAGAAAAAUGUAAGACGUGUGUUGGUUUGAAUUAAUUUGUGUAUGGAUAUUGAAUUUUCUACAAUAUUCUAUUUUCGUAUUGUGUAACUAUGUUUAAAACAUCUAAUUUAUUUGAAUAU